UUGAUGAGCUCGUAAAGUCGAACUUUUUCGUUCUUGUGUUUUCCAAAACACGUUUCUUUGGUUUCUAUUUUUGUUGUUAUUGAAAAACUAAAAACAUUUGGAAUCUUGACGUAGAGUUCUCCAAAUUUCGUACUCUUUCUGGGUUUUUGUUACCUAAACAAAGUGAUUUUUUUGAACGAAUCGAGAUUGUUGAUGAUACUUUUGAGGCGAAAAUGUGGAUCUGCUGGGAAGAAUAACUAGUGUGUUUUAUAAGAAAAUUUGUGGUGGGUAUAUUGUAGUUUUGAAAUUUGGGUUGUGCUGUUUAUGUUUGUUUCUGAGCAUCAGUGAAGAACUUGGAAAGAAUAGAGACUCCAAACUAAGUUUAAAGGGAUUGUGAGCACACAGUUUCGGUUCCACAGAUGGUUUCAUGUUUAAGAGAUUGAGAAACCCAAAAUUGAUUCAAGCUGUCUGAAAGUUUUGUAAGAUUGAAUGGAAUGCAUUUGGAGUUGAUAUCGGAUUGAUUUUGGGAGGCAAAUCAUUUUGGAGAUUUCUGCUGUUUACAGAUUUUACAGACAUGGGUUCUCAGUUGUCCAAACUCAUGCCAUGUUGCUUGGUUUCACAGUAUAAGGCUUCUGAUGUGGAGGCACCACAUGUUGAGAAUGAAGAGAAUGGUGAAGUUAGUGACUUGCCUGCAUUCCGUGAAUUCACGUUUGAGCAACUUAAAAAGGCCACAUCUGGUUUUGCAGUUGAGAAUAUAGUUUCAGAGCAUGGAGAAAAAGCUCCGAAUAUUGUUUAUAAGGGGAAGCUAGAGACUCAGAGGAGGAUAGCUGUUAAGCGUUUUACUAGAUCGGCUUGGCCUGAUGCCCGACAAUUCCUGGAAGAAGCAAGAUCAGUUGGCCGGCUCCGCAACCAUAGGUUGGUAAAUUUGCUUGGUUUUUGUUGUGAAGAUGAUGAGAGGCUGCUUGUGGCCGAAUAUAUGCCAAACAAUACACUUGCAAAACACCUCUUUCACUGGGAAACACACCCAAUGAAGUGGGUAAUGCGCUUGAGGGUGGUUCUGCAUCUUGCACAAGCUCUUGAAUAUUGUACAAGUAGAGGUCGUGCCCUCUAUCAUGACCUUAAUGCUUACAGAAUUCUGUUUGAUGAGGAUGUUAAUCCUAGACUUUCAUGCUUUGGACUGAUGAAAAAUAGUAGGGACGGAAAAAGUUACAGCACGAAUUUGGCAUUUACUCCUCCUGAGUAUUUGAGGACUGGAAGAGUAACACCAGAAAGUGUAAUAUACAGCUUUGGCACCCUCUUGCUUGACCUUAUUAGCGGGAAACAUAUUCCUCCAAGCCACGCUUUGGACUUGAUACGAUAUAGGAAUCUUCAAAUGCUGACAGAUUCCUGCUUGGAAGGACAGUUUUCGAAUGAUGAUGGCACUGAGUUGGUACGUUUGGCUUCUCGAUGUUUGCAGUAUGAACCCCGAGAGCGGCCUAAUCCGAAGUCAUUAGUAGUUGCAUUGACUCCUCUCCAAAAGGAAACUGAGGUUCCUUCUCAUACCUUGAUGGGUAUCCCACUCAGUGCUUCAUUCUUGCCUCGAUCUCCACUUGGUGAAGCUUGCUCAAGAAUGGACUUGACUGCAAUACAUGAGAUCUUAGAGAAGACUGGGUAUAAAGAUGACGAGGGAGUGGCAAAUGAGCUUUCUUUCCAAAUGUGGACCGACCAAAUGCAGGAUGCAUUGAAUUCAAAGAAAGAGGGUGAUACAGCUUUCCGGCAUAAAGAUUCCAAAACUGCAAUCGAGUGCUACACACAGUUUGUCAAUUUUGGACCCAUGGUUUCUCCGACGGUUUUUGCUCGCCGUAGUUUGUCUUAUCUCAUGAAUGAGAUGCCGCAGGAAGCAUUAAAUGAUGCAAUGCAUGCCCAAGUCAUUUCUCCAGUCUGGCACAUUGCUUCCUUUCUACAAGCUGCCUCACUUUUUGCUCUUAAAAUGGAUAAUGAAGCACAAAUAGCACUUAACGAGGGUGCAGUUCUUGAAGCCAAAAGGCAUUCAAAUGCUGGACAAUAAACCAAUUGCUUUUGCAUAUUUGUAAAUCUCCUUUUUCUGGUUCUUUCAAUCGCUUCUUUCGUGACAACAAGCAUGGCAGCAUCUACUAAAAAGUCUGCUUCAAAUACUGAUGAUUGAUGAAGAAAUGAAGGAGUUAAGGAUUCAUUUCUCUUAUGAUUCGAUUCCGAAAACUGAUGUAGAUGACUAAGUUUGGGUGAAGAUUUUGGUAUUGUUAUUUUCUUUCUUUUGUUCUUUGAGUGGAUAAUAUAUGCAGUUUUUUUUUUUUCUGAUUUGAGCAAUUGUGCAAAAAA